AUGGAUUCAUUUAACGUUACCUUUUGGAACGCGAUAGCGUCGCAUGGAUAUAGCAUUAGUGAUGAUGGAACCCAGUUCUGCGAGCAACAACCCCAUCUUGUGAGCUCUUUUGGCGUAUGGGAGAAGUACUUACGACCAAGUGGUUUAGGGAUGCUUGUAUGGGACUAUGAUCUUCCCCAACUCGAAGCCGUAAUCGUCAUAGUACUCUGCUUAUGGAAUCUUUUUUAUUUCUUGCUAAAGAAGAUACGUCUUCCUGUUCCAAGAAUCACCUCCAUGAUGCUUGCGGGGGCAGCUUUGAGCCAGACGAGUCUUUUGCCUAAUGACUGGUUGGUCCAACGCAUAUUUUUCCCUGAUGAUCUUAGGCCAAAACUCCCGGACACGCUCGGUGCGUUUGCCUUUGUGCUUUAUUGGUUCCUAGAAGGUGUUAAAAUGGACGUUGGAAUGAUAAGGAGGACAGGUUCAAAAGCGGUUAUAACCGGAAUCGUCACAGUUCUUUUCCCUAUUUUCACGGCCAACAUUGUGUUCGGGUCGCUGAGAGAAACUGGUGGUAAGAACUUGACAGGAGUUGAGUACAGAACAAUGAUAUUCAUGCAAAGUAUCUCGGCCUUCACGGGUAUCUCAAGGCUUAUAAGGGAUCUAGAGAUUGACCAUUCAGAGUUUGGAAGAAUCGUGCUCUCGACCGCCAUGGUAGCUGAUGCAACUGGUGUUGGUAUUAACGUGGUUGCCCUAUUUGCCUGGUCGGACUGGAGGGUCUCCGCCAUGCAAGGCGUAGGAGUUCUUGGAUAUAUUAUAGUGCUGGUUUGGGUAUUUAGACCGUUGAUGUUGUUGGUUGUGAGACGUACACCUGAAGAGAGACCGGUCAAGGAGUGUGUUAUCUACAGCAUCCUCAUUUUAUCUUUCUUUUCUUUUUAUUAUUUGAAGAUGCUUCAUUUUUUUCCGGCUAUUGGGCCUUUCCUUUUGGGGUUGUGUGUGCCUCACGGUCCUCCUUUAGGGUCUGCUUUGAUACAAAAGUUUGAAAGUUUUAACACUGGUAUCCUUUUGCCACUUUUCUUGUUCUUCCCAAUGCUGCAAAUCGAUGGGCCUUGGUUAGUUGAAGAGGUUCAGAGGCUAAGGCAUUACGAUGGUCAGAUGUAUGAAGCCUUGACCAUCAUUGUCGUCGUCUCGGCCGCCAAGAUUUUCUUCUCAACUAUUCCUCCAUUGCUAGCUAAAAUGCCUUUGACUGACUCUUUCGUUAUGUCACUCAUUCUCAGCAACAAAGGGUUCGUUGAGAUGUGUUAUUUUAUGUACGCCGUUGAAAAGCAAACUAUGCAUGUGAAGUCGUUCACUACAAUGGCUCUAAUGAUUCUAUUCAGCUCGACGGUAUUACCAGUGAUGAUACAUUAUCUAUACGAUGGGUCGAAACGUUUCAUAUGUUUCCAGAAGAGGAAUCUAAUGAGCUUGAAGCUUGGAUCAGAGAUGAAGUUUCUAACGUGCAUUCACAAAUCAGACCACAUCGCAGGGGUGAUCAACUUUCUAGAACAAUUUUUCCCUCUAGAAGAUUCCACGCUUACUUGCUACGUGCUUAAUCUCAUCGAGCUUGUUGGUUUGGACAAUCCACUCUUCAUCUCCCACCAAAUGCAAAAGGCUGAGCCGGGACACCAGUCAUAUUCCACCAACGUUCUCAUCGCUUUUGAAAAGUUCAAACAUUACUGGAAAGCAAUAUCGGUGGAAUUGUUCACAUCCAUCUCAAUCCCUAAGUUCAUGCACCAAGAGAUUUACUCGCUUGCUCUUGACAAACAAGCUUCUUUUAUUAUGCUCCCCUUCCACAAAAUAUGGUCACUCGACCAGACAACUGUGGUCUCAGACGACAUCAUACGUAGGAAGGUUAACAUUAAUGUCUUGAAACAAGCGCCUUGCUCUGUGGGGAUUUUAGUCCAUCGCCAAAAAUUGGUAUCUACGCAAAAACGAAAACCCUAUUUUAAGGUAUGCGCAAUUUUUGUGGGCGGGAAAGACGACAGAGAAGCCUUGGCAAUGGGGAAACACAUGAUGAGGAACCCGAAAGUGAGACUAACCGUGUUGAAGCUAAUCCCAGGGACAUUGGUCGGUAUGACCACAGGGUGGGAUCAGAUGCUUGACACGGCAGAGCUUAAGGAGACACUGAGGUACAAUAGUACACAUAUGGAAGGAGAACAGAACUUUGUGGAAUAUUUGGAGGAGACAGUUGAUGAUGGUGCCGACACAUCAAGAAUCCUUCUCUCCAUCUCUAGUGUUUUUGAUUUAUUUGUGGUGGGUAGGAGCACCGGAAUGGGGACCGAUGUAACGAGAGCACUGAGUGAAUUUACUGAGUUUGAUGAGUUAGCUAAUCUUCGCCAACUCUCAUUUAAUCUCCCUAUAAUGGAACAACAUGCACACAUGGAUUACUUGGACGUUGCAUGGCGAGGCUACAAGGAAGACAAGAACACGUCUCUAUUCUGCGAGACACAUCCUUUCACGUUAAACUCGCACGGUAUAUGGGAGAGAUUGACUUACAAGUCAGGAGGGAUGAGCUUCUGGGAAUAUCCUCUACCUAAUCUCGAGAUCAUAAUAUUGUCUACUUUUGUUCUUUGGCGUCUCUUCGAAUUCUCAUGCAACAAAAUCGGUCUUCGAGUACCUAGAUUCACUCAUAUGAUGAUUGCAGGGGUGAUCUUAGGUAAAACAUUUAAUUUCAGCAACACCUCUUGGCUCCAUAACAUAUAUUUCCCUGAUGAUAGACGACCAAAGAUCCCCGAGACACUGGCGGCUUUCGGGUUCCUUUUAUAUUGGUUCCUAAAAGGUGUUACAAUGGAUGCUGGAACGGGAUUGAGGAUGGGGAAAAAAGCUAGUGUGAUUGGGUUCACCACAAUGUUCGUACCCUUGGUAUGUGGCAACAUCAUCUUUAGAUUGAGAAAACGAAGAGGCAAUAUAACCUUGCUGACGACGGAAUACAGGUUGCUCAUGUUCUUGCAAAGCAUAUCCGCGUUCACAAGCAUUGACACACUCCUAAGAGACCUCAAGAUCAAACACUCAGAGUUUGGAAGGAUAGCACUUUCGGGUGCCAUGGUGACUGACAUGUUGGCUUUUAUUGCAACGUUUUUGAAUGCCAUGCACUAUGAAAGAUAUGACGGAUUGGUCCAAACUGUAUUUAGCUGCUUCUUUUUCACCGUUAUGGUAUGUGUGGUGAGGCCAGCUAUGUACUGGGUUAUCAAGCAGACUCCUGAAGGGAGGCCGGUCAAAGAUAUUUACAUCUACUUGAUUUUGGCGCUCGCUUUCUUCUCUUUCAAAUAUUUUGAGAUGAUUGGUCUUUUUGGACCUGCAGGAUCGUUUGUUCUUGGCUUGACUGUUCCCCAUGGUUAUCCUCUAGGUGCAACUUUUGUCCAAAAGUUUGAGAGCUUUAAUCUUGGAGUUAUAUUUCCUCUCUUCGGAUCAUUAACCAUGAUGCAACUAGAUCUCCCAUGGUUAUUCAAAGAGUGUGGAAACCUUCCAAGGAUGGAGGGCCAGCUAUAUGAGGCCAUUUCCCUUGUUCUUCUUGUGAAUGUCUCAAAAUUUAUUGCUUCCACCAUAGCUGCAUAUGCUUUUAAAAUGCCCUUAAGAGACUCCUUUGCUCUAGCCCUUGUUUAUAGUAAUAAAGGGGUCUUCGAGCUCUCCUACUUCACGUAUGCUGUUGAAAUAAAGAAAGUAACACCAGAAGUUUUCACAAUCAUAGCUACAAUAAUCUUCUUAAACUCUCUCUUCAUACCAAUGGCCUUGGAGCUCGUCCAUGACCCAACCAAAAGAUUCAGAUCCUACCAAAAAAGGAAUAUGGUAAUCUUGAAGGACGGCGCAGAGCUCCAGUCUCUUGUGUGCAUCUACAAACCUGAUCACAUAACUUCUAUGAUCAGUCUUUCAGGAGCUUUCAACCCAUCAGAAGAUUCUCCAAUGGCGUGCAAUGUACUCCACCUCAUCGAACUUAUGGGUCAAGCCAGUCCUAUGUUCAUUUCCCACCAGUUGCAACAACCAGAGCCCGGAAGUAUUUCUUGUUCCGACAGUGUCAUAAGUUCAUUCCGGCACUUCCACAAAAAUUUCUUUGAAUAUAUAUCGUUGAAUAUUUUCACUUCAGUCUCUAUGUCCAAACACAUGCAUGAGGAUAUUUGUUGGCUAGCUUUAUCCAGGAGCCUAUAUCUGAUUCUGCUUCCUUUUCACCGUACCUGGUCUGCUGAUCGCUCCACCAUUAUCUCCAACGAUGAUAAGCUGAGAAUGAUCAACAUUAACGUCUUGAGACGAGCCCCGUGCUCUGUUGGAAUCUUUGUCUAUCGCAAACCCAUCACGGAACAUCAUCUGACUGAGUAUCACAGCAAGAUAUGUUUAAUUUUUAACGAUGGGAAGGACGAUAGAGAGGCUUUGGCGAUAACUAACCGAAUGAGACUGACAGAGAAACGGAUAAGCCUGACUAUCAUAAGAUUCAUUCCAAAAAUUUCUGAAAUGGAGAACCAGAAUUUGGGAGGGAAAUUCGAAAUGGUUAGCUUGAAGGAUACUGUGACCAACAUCAUUGGGUUUGACGUCAAAGAAAAUGAUGACUAUGUGACAUAUAUCGAUAGAACAGUUUCCGAUGGAUCUGAUACCUCAAAAAUCUUACGAGCAAUGGGCAAUGAUCAUGACUUGUUCGUAGUUGGGAAAAGCAGCGGAGUAGGUACUGACGCUACAAAUGGAAUUACUGAGUGGGCAGAGUUUGAUGAAUUGGGACCCCUUGGAGAUUUAUUAGCAUCACAUGAGUUUCCUUCUAGAGCGUCAGUGUUGGUUGUACAAAAACAAGAAUAUAUUCAUAGUGCCAAAAGCAAAAGAGGGUUAUCUAAGUGA